AUGAAAGGCAUUCCAAAGAGCAGGUCAGAUCUCGCCCCACAGACUCCACAGAGUGUUGACAGCAGAGACACAAGGUGCUGGUGUGCAGUGACGGUCACUGUGACCCCCACGGUGGAGGUGAUGAAGGGCGAGACUGCCACCCUAACCUGCUCCUUCACUGUCUCCACGCCCACCAGUAACAGCAUCGUGGAGUGGUUCAUUGAGGAAAUUGGCACCAGGACUCGGGUGGCCUUCACCACUCAGUCUGGUGGGGAGGGAGCGGCCGACGAUGGGACCAAGCUCUCGGGACGGGUGUCGAUUGGGAAGGACUUCUCCCUCUCCAUCUCCCCGGUGCAGGUGGAGGACGACAGACGCUUCCACUGCCAGGUAACGGCAGGGGCUGCGGGGGUCGGAGAGGGAGCCACGCAGCUCAAAGUCUACAGUGAGCCUGAGAAGCCAGAGCUGACCAGUCUGCCUGAGGCAGUAGCCAUCACUGACAAGGAGACAGAGAUGGGCCACUGUGUCACCAAGGGGGGUCACCCGGAGCCUCGCCUCGUCUGGUACAAGGACUCCAACCCUCUGUCCGAGGCCGAGAACCGUGAGCAGAUGUACCUGCACUCCAGCGUGGUGAGGGAGGUGACAGGGCUCUACACAGUGAGCAGCACGCUCUACCUGCGGCCGCAGAGGGAGGACAAGAAGGCCGUGUUCUACUGCAGGGUGGAGUACGGCCUGCCCAAGGGCGCGGCGAAGAACAAGGACUCCGACACCUUCUCCCUGCCGCUGCUUUAUCCCACGGAGCAUGUGACCUUUGCCGUGGUGAGCUCUGGGCCGGUCAAGGAGGGGGACAGUGUGGAGAUCAGGUGUGAGGCUGACGGCAACCCCAAACCCGACUACGACUUCACGUUCAAGAAAGAGGGAGGGGUGGAUGUUAAGAAGGAGGCCCCACAGGGAGUCCUGACCCUGCCCUCUGCGACCCGCGACGAUGCAGGAGUGUACCGAUGCGAGGCCCUGGACUUUGAUUCAUCGCCGGACGUGGAGCUCACCAAGGAGCUCACGCUAUUGGUCCACUACCUGGACCCCGUGACGAUCUCUCCCGCUGGCCCGGUGACCACAUCCUUGGGAGGGAGCGUGGAGCUAACGUGCGCCACGCAGGCCUCAGACCAGCUCACGCUGCAGUGGAAGAAGGGAUCGUCAGUGGUGUCAGAGGCCGGUGCACUUGAGCUGAAAGCCGUGUCCUUCGCGGACGCAGGAGUGUACAGCUGUGUCGCCACGAUGCCGAGCGUCCCUGGACUCCAAGCACAGGCCAACAUCACCAUCAAUGUGGCAGGGAAGCCCGAAAUCGACGCCCCCUCGAACGGGGAGGUGCAGAAAGAGGGCGAGGCAGUGACCCUCAGCUGCUCCGCCCAAGGCUACCCGUCCCCAAAGUUCACCUGGACCCCCCCGGGAAAAGAGACUGUGACUGUGCAGGGUAACAAAGUUGUAAGCACAGUCAGUCUGGAGGCUACAGCCUCUGUUCUGAAGAAUGGGGUCACCUGCAAUGCAACCAAUGAGCACGGAUCAGACUCCAAGCACCUCCAGGUCGUCAUCAGUGAAGCCAACCCCCCCCCCCCCCCCUCUCCUAUAGCGGACAAGCAGGAGGGGGACUCCAGCGGCGUGGUGAUUGCAGUGGUGGUGUCUCUGCUGCUGCUGCUCCUCCUGCUGGCCAUUCUGCUGUACGUCCUGUGGAGGAUGGGAAAACUGCCCUGUGGGACAAAGGAAAAGAAAGGUGAGGAGGCCACCAACGGCACUGCUGUGGAGAUGAAGUCUGACAAGGCAAAUGAGGAGGCGGGGCUUCUGAACAAGCCACCAACCACGGAGCAGGGUGCAGAAAUCUGCAGGCCCUCCUCCCCCAUGUGA